AUGUCGUCGCUGGAACAGAGGCUGUCGAGAAUCGAGGAGAAACUAAAGCAGGAGAAUGAAGAAGCUCGCCGGAGAAUCGACCUCAACAUCGACAUGAGUCCACAGCGGUCACGACCGAGGCCGAUCAUCGUGAUCCAGCUCAGUCCUGCUCCAGCCCCUUCCCAGCGUGCAGCGCUCCAGCUGCCCCUGGCUAACGAUGGAGGCAGCCGUUCGUCAUCUUCAGAGAGCUCGCCUCAGCACCACCCGUACCCCAGCCGCCCACGACACAUGCUAACCCUGCCCACGCCUCCGUAUGGCCUACAGAAGAGCCUAGAGAAUGCAGAGAUUGACCAGAAAUUGCAGGAGAUCAUGAAACAGACGGGUUAUCUGAAGAUUGAUGGGCAGCGGUAUCCAGCAGAGGUAACAGACCUGUUUAGCGAGGGGGAGAUCGGCAGCGGGACUUGUGGACAAGUCUUCAAAGUGCGAUUCAAGAAGACGGGCCAUGUCAUUGCGGUCAAACAAAUGCGUCGCACAGGAAACAAAGACGAGAACAAGCGGAUCUUGAUGGACCUGGAUGUGGUGCUGAAGAGUCAUGACUGCCCUUACAUCAUCCAGUGCUACGGCGCCAUAGUGACCAACACGGAUGUAUUCAUCGCCAUGGAGCUGAUGGGAACUUGUGCUGAGAAGCUAAAGAAGAGAAUCCAGGGUCCCAUCCCAGAGCGAAUCCUCGGAAAGAUGACAGUGGCAAUAGUGAAAGCGUUGCUGUACCUGAAAGAGAAACACGGCGUUAUCCACCGGGACGUCAAACCCUCUAACAUCCUGUUAGACGCUAAAGGUCAGAUUAAACUGUGCGACUUCGGCAUCAGCGGACGCCUCGUCGACUCCAAGGCCAAGACCCGCAGCGCUGGCUGUGCUGCCUACAUGGCACCUGAAAGAAUAGACCCUCCAGAUCCCACCAAACCUGACUAUGACAUCCGGGCAGACGUGUGGAGCCUCGGCAUCUCUCUGGUGGAGUUGGCUACAGGACAGUUUCCCUACAAGAACUGCAAGACAGACUUUGAGGUUCUGACCAAAGUGCUGCAGGAGGACCCUCCUCUACUGCCUCUCGGCAUGGGUUUCUCCCUCGACUUCCAGUCCUUUGUCAAAGACUGCCUCACAAAGGAUCACAGAAAAAGGCCAAAAUACCAUCAGCUGCUGGAGCAUAGUUUCAUCCGGCGUUACGAGGUGCUUGACGUGGACGUGGCUGGUUGGUUUCAGGUGGUGAUGGAUCGCACCGAGUCGCCUCGCAGCAGCCAGUGUUACAGCCAUCAGCAUCAACUCCACUCGCUCUUCAGUAGGUAGCCUAGCCUCGACCAGCCUGGCGUCAGCUUAGCCGUACGCUAGACUAGCCUAGCUUUAGCUUUGCCAAGCCCAGACUCAGUCUAUUCUAGUCUAGCCGUCCGCAGCUACGCCAAGCGCUACACCCAAUCCCGUCUGUCCAUCCCCCGGGGAAGAAGAGACCUGAAGAUCCCACAGAGGAGGGAGGCACGAAGACUCAGUGGAGGACUCUGGAUGGACAGAUUAAGCGAUGGAGCGACAGAGGGAUGGAUGGCUGACGCAGGUGGUUCUGGUUAUUAGGGUGCUGAAUCUG